UUGUCUUCCUUUAAAACUCUUUAAAUUCAGCUACUGAUCCAGGAAACGUGGCUAACCACUCGCUAUUAGCAAAAUCUCUCUCUCUAUAUAAGCGACAAAUUUAGACCCAGAGUAAAAAUUGAUUGCAAUUCACUCAUUUGUUUCUGUGGAUUGCAGUUAUUGGGCUUUUUAAGUUUAGAAAAAGGAAGCCCAAUAACUAUGUCGGUAUUUUGAUGGGCAUCCAUAUAAAUUAAUGUGUUAGGGGAGAGAUUUUGGGAACACUUCGUUCGACCUUUUAUUUUCUGGGAUCCGUCGAGAGAGAGAGAAAAGGUUUUGGUGAGAUUUUCCAAGAAUGGCCGACGUCAUGAUGAAGGUUGAAGCCAGUAACAUCUUCAGUGUUACGGCGCUCGCUGCUGCCCUACCAUCGCCGGCAAAUGAAAGAAGCGGGUGCUCUGCACCAACUUACCGGUCCCAUGACCCAACUUACGCUUCUCAUCACGACUCUACACUACGACCGGACAUGUCACGAAGUUAUUAUGAUUUUCCAAGAACGGAGGACGUCGUGACGAAGGAGGCUCAAGACAAUGACACCUUCAGUGUUAGGGCACUCGCUGUUGCUCUGCCCUCGCCGGAAAAUGAAAGCUCUGCACCAACUGACCCAUGGCCAGUCUAUGACCCAAUUUACGUUCCUCAUGAACCAAUACCGGACACGUCACCGAGUUAUGAUGGCUUCCUACCAUCGGCGCAGCAAGAACCAUCAGCACUUUACGCUCCUCGGCUGUCAUACGCCAACACGUCACCGAGUUAUGAUGACUUUGUACUAUCGGCGCAGCAGGAAGCAGCACCUUACGCUCCUCAGGUGUCAUACGGCAAAACGUCACCAUGUUAUUAUGACUUUGUACCAUCGGCGCGGCCGAAAUCAGAAGGACGUUGCCAUGCUCCUUCUUUCUCGCCGACGACACCAAACUACGCUCCCCCUCCCCCCGGCCGCAUCGACCCCGCUGUUGCCACUAUGUUCUAUGGUCCUUUGGGGGAACAAAAUCCGAGGGAGGUUUGGCAUGGGGAGAUGGGCAUCUUUGGUAGAAUUGGGCUUGAUUGCUACAAUCUGCAAAAGGGGACAAACUUACAAUAUUUGGGUCUACAUGAUUCAAUGUUUACUGGAGUAUUUGCUCACCAUAUAACAGCAGCGGCAAAGGAUCCAAUACGCAAUUCCAAUUGCAAGGUUGAAACAAAUGUCUGGUUUAGAAAGAAGAAAGAUUGCUUCACUCUACAUACAAACCGCUGCAGAAUGGUUCCGCCAGCUCCAGCUGAUGACUACAUGGGUGCCUGUGAUGAAGGCAACCAUGAAACCGAACUUGUGAUGCCCGACAAGUGGUUGCCUGAGGAUGCGCUAACGGGCAGUAAUAAGCUGCAAUACUACGAGAUGAAAGAGUCAGAGGUGGAACAAGAGAAAGAACGGCUUCUUCUGUACGCGGGUUUCGCCUUGUUCGCCGACUACCUACAGUACACGGGAAAGGUCCUUGAGCUGGGAAAGGUGAUUGUGCAAACCAGUGAAGCUGUCGAGUCGAAGGUGAAGGCGAAGAAUGCAAUCUUCUAUGUAAGCUUCAACAUUGCCGGCUAUGAUCUAGUAACGUUCAAUGGUAUCGUAAGGAGAGGAACGGAUGGAGGGCCAGAUCGUUUUACCUAUGAAGCCAAGUGUUUCAUGGACGCAAGGCAGUAUCGUUGAGUCCCUAUAAUAUGUAAGAAUUAUAUUAUCGAACCUACUCAGACCGUGGCUACGUCUUAUUUGCUUAAUCUUUUAAUUAAUUUCUUACUGAGACAAUGAGAGUUUUAAGGUAAGUAACGUUUGACGUGAGAGAGACUCCCCACUCCCCACUCCCCAUAUAUAUUAGUAUGUAUCUCUCAGAUGGUGGCUACGUCUUAUUUGCGUAAUGUUUUACUAAGUUUAUGAGAGUUUUAAACCGGUCUUGUAGAUGACAUAUAGUCUUAUUUGUUUGAUGUUUUUACUGAGUUUAUGAGAGUUUUAAACCGGUCUAGUAGUUGACAUGUGAAAUAAGUUGAAUGAUAAAAUAGGU